GAAUAGUGACGUGUCUUCAGUCGUGUCAAAUUUUCAAAGGUUAGGAGUAAGGAAUGUGUCUUUAAUCACAACGCUUUGUUUGACACUUAAUAAACCAUGUUGACAAAGUUUGAAACGAAAUCCGCUCGCGUAAAAGGGUUAUCCUUUCAUCCAAAACGUCCAUGGGUUUUAGCAAGUUUACACAAUGGAGUUAUACAAUUAUGGGACUAUCGUAUGUGUACCCUAUUAGAUAAAUUUGAUGAACACGAUGGACCUGUUCGUGGAAUCUGUUUCCAUAAUCAACAACCCUUAUUUGUAUCUGGUGGUGAUGAUUAUAAAAUUAAAGUAUGGAAUUAUAAGCAACGCAGAUGCAUCUUUACUCUGUUAGGUCACUUAGAUUAUAUCAGAACAAUCGUAUUUCAUCAAGAAUAUCCAUGGAUUCUAAGUGCAUCAGAUGAUCAGACAAUCCGUAUAUGGAACUGGCAAAGUCGCACUUGUAUUUGUGUCUUAACUGGACACAAUCACUAUGUAAUGUGUGCACAAUUUCACCCUACUGAAGAUAUAAUAGUAUCAGCUUCUUUAGAUCAAACUGUUAGAGUAUGGGACAUAUCUGGUUUGAGAAAGAAAAAUGUAGCUCCUGGCCCAGGAGGCUUGGAAGAUCAUUUAAAAAAUCCUGGUGCAACUGAUUUAUUUGGCCAGGCAGAUGCUGUUGUAAAGCAUGUUCUUGAAGGACAUGACCGGGGUGUUAAUUGGGCAUGUUUUCAUCCCACAUUACCUUUGAUUGUUUCUGGAGCAGAUGAUAGACAGAUUAAAAUGUGGAGGAUGAAUGAUGCCAAAGCAUGGGAGGUGGAUACUUGUCGUGGGCAUUAUAACAAUGUCUCUUGCGUGUUGUUCCACCCUAGGCAAGACCUAAUUCUUUCUAAUGCAGAAGAUAAGAGUAUCCGCGUUUGGGAUAUGACGAAACGCACGUGUUUACACACAUUCAGAAGAGAGCAUGAAAGAUUUUGGGUCCUUGCUGCACAUCCUACUUUAAAUCUCUUUGCUGCUGGACAUGAUUCUGGAAUGAUUAUUUUCAAACUCGAGAGAGAGCGUCCAGCAUAUUCUGUAUACGGAAACGUCCUCUAUUACGUGAAAGAACGUUUUCUUAGAAAAUUAGAUUUCACUACUUCUAAAGACACGUCUGUUAUGCAAAUACGUGGAGGUGGAAAGACACCUCCCUACAGUAUGUCAUACAACCAAGCUGAAAACGCUGUUUUAAUCUGUACAAGAUCGCCCAACAAUAUCGAAAACAGUACUUACGAUUUAUACAUGAUACCGCGCGAGGGUGACUCGAAUACUGAUGCUGAUACAAAACGCGCUUCUGGUGUCACUGCCAUUUGGGUUGCUAGAAAUCGUUUUGCAGUAUUAGACAGAGCAUAUUCGUUGGUUAUCAAGAAUCUGAAAAAUGAAAUAACAAAGAAGGUGCAAAUUCCGAAUUGCGAUGAAAUAUUUUAUGCUGGCACGGGAAUGCUUCUUUUACGCGAUGCUGAUCAAGUAACGCUCUUUGACGUUCAGCAGAAGAGAACUUUAGCGGAAGUAAAAAUUUCUAAAUGUAGAUACGUCGUUUGGUCUAGCGAUAUGUCUCAUGUUGCUUUACUCGCGAAGCAUACUGUUAAUAUUUGCAAUCGACGAUUGGAGUCCCUUUGCUCUGUACAUGAAAAUACUAGAGUGAAAUCAGGAGCGUGGGAUGAUUCUGGAGUAUUUAUCUACACUACCAGCAAUCACAUUAAAUACGCGAUUAACAACGGUGAUCACGGCAUCAUCCGCACGUUAGAUUUACCAAUAUACGUAACCAGAGUAAAAGGCAAUCAAGUUUAUUGCCUGGACAGAGAAUGCAGACCAAGAAUUCUUCGAAUAGAUCCAACUGAAUAUAAAUUCAAACUAGCAUUGAUUAAUAGAAAAUACGAAGAGGUUUUACACAUGGUUCGCAAUGCAAACCUCGUUGGUCAAUCUAUAAUUGCAUAUCUACAACAGAAAGGAUAUCCUGAAGUUGCUUUGCACUUCGUUAAAGAUGAAAAAACCAGAUUCGGCCUUGCACUUGAAUGCGGGAACAUUGAAGUAGCUCUAGAAGCCGCGAAAUCCCUUGAUCAGAAACCUUGUUGGGAGAGUUUGGCUCAAGCAGCUUUACUGCAAGGUAAUCAUCAAGUUGUGGAAAUGUGCUAUCAGAGAACUAAGAAUUUCGAAAAGUUAUCGUUCCUGUAUCUAAUAACUGGUAACUUAGAAAAGUUACGUAAAAUGAUUAAGAUUGCCGAAAUCAGGAAAGACGUUUCUGGACAGUACCAGGGUAGUUUGUUACUCGGUGAUAUUUAUGAGCGUGCGAAAAUCUUACGGAAUUCAUGGCAAGCAUCUCUAGCUUACGUCACCGAGAAAAUUCAUGGUAUUUCACUCGCCAAAGAUGAUAUCGAAUACAGCUACAUGAGAGAAGAACUUUCCGCUCUCGAAAAAGGAGCAGUGUACCUUCAACCUCCAGUUCCUAUCCAACAAGCUGAAAAUAACUGGCCACUGUUAACAGUUUCGAAAGGCUUCUUCGAGGGUGCAAUGUUAUCACGCGGAAAGAGUCAAGUAGCUGCUGCUUUAGCUCCAGAAGAAGAUGGUACUGUAGCCGCCGAAGGAUGGGGCAAUGACGAUGAAUUAGGAUUAGACGAUGAGGAAGGUGGCGAUACCGAGCAGCCUCCAGAAGGAGAAGAAAGUGCUGGAUGGGACGUUGAAGAAGUGGAUCUACCGCCAGAACUAGAAACUACAGUGACUGCAGUGGAAGAUGGCUACUAUACGCCACCAACCAAAGGGGUACCACCGACGCAACAUUGGGUGAAUAAUUCCCAGUUGGUCGUGGAUCAUAUAUUAGCUGGAUCAUUUGAAACUGCGUUUAGGUUAUUGAACGAUCAAAUUGGCGUGGUUGAAUUUGGAGCUUUCCAGAAUCUUUUUAUGAAUACUUUCGCUCGCGCUAGAACAUCAUUCGAUACGUUACCGAAUAUACCCUCGUUAUACGCGUAUCCUCAACGAAAUUGGAAAGAUACAAAUCCCAAGGGUGGGCUACCAGCAGUUGGAUUACACCUUACCGAUUUAGUUCAGAGACUUCAAGUAUGCUAUCACUUGACAACCGGCGGAAAGUUUCCUGAAGCAGUAGAAAAGUUUCAAGCGAUUUUACUCAGCGUACCGCUACUAGUCGUCGACACAAGACAAGAUAUUGCUGAAGCACAGCAACUGAUUCAAAUUUGUAGAGAGUACAUCCUAGGAUUAAAGAUGGAAACUGAAAGGAAGAAUCUUCCUAAAGCCACCCUAUCUGAGCAAAAACGAAUCUGUGAAAUGGCAGCCUACUUUACACACUGCAGUUUGCAACCUGUGCAUCAGAUACUCACUUUAAGGAUAGCUGUGAAUAUGUUCUUCAAGUUGAAGAACUAUAAAACAGCUGCUUCCUUUGCAAGGAGGUUACUUGAAUUGGGACCUAAGCCAGAAUUAGCACAACAAGUUAGGAAAAUUUUGCAGGUAUGUGAUAAAAGCCCAGUAGAUGAACAUCAAUUAGCAUAUGAUGAGCACAAUCCGUUCUCAUUGUGUGCAAGCACAUUUGUUCCAAUUUAUAGAGGGAAACCAGAAGUUAAAUGCCCAUUAUGCGGGGCAAGUUACUUGCCACAAUUUAAAGAUACAGUGUGUAAAGUCUGUGAAGUUGCGUUAAUUGGCAAAGAAUGCAUUGGCUUGAGAAUAAGCCCUAUUCAAUUCCGAUAAUUUUUUAGUAUCUGUUUGCAGUAAUUUACCUACCAAUGAUAACGUCAUUGUCAUCUAAAAAAACUAGACACAGCAAUGCAUUAUAUGCUAAUACAGUAUCUCGAUUCUACUAAUUUGUUAAUUACGUUAAAUGUAAAAGGUAUUAUGUCAUUCCAGAAAAGUAUUGUAAAUAUCAUAAAACAUAAACAUGUUAAUCCGAAUCUUAAAAAUGUCUCCUUCAGUGAUUUACCAAGGAAAAUAACAAAUUUUUGUAUUAUGCUUGUAUUGUUAUUAUUAUUUCAUAUUGAAACAAUGCAAAAUAUAUUUUUAAAAUAUAGUGGUAAAACAAACUGAACUUUAGCAAAGGUUAUGUAUCGUUUUAAUUAAAUUUUGUAUACUUUUUCCAGAAAUUUCGAAUUUGUACGAUUUAUCGCAUGCACAUUUAAUAAAUGUUAUUAUCAAGU